AUGCGUGAAAUUGUGCACGUCCAGGCGGGGCAAUGUGGGAACCAAAUUGGGGCGAAAUUCUGGGAAGUCAUCGCCGACGAACAUGGCGUAGAUCCGACCGGCGCCUACCAUGGUGACUCUGAUUUGCAGCUAGAGCGCAUUAAUGUUUACUUUAAUGAGGCAACCGGUGGACGCUACGUGCCUCGAGCUAUCCUGAUGGACCUCGAACCCGGAACUAUGGACAGUGUCCGCGCUGGCCCCUUCGGUCAACUCUUCCGCCCAGAUAAUUUCGUUUUCGGUCAAACCGGGGCUGGAAACAAUUGGGCCAAGGGACAUUACACGGAAGGUGCGGAGCUUAUUGAUUCCGUGCUGGAUGUAGUCAGGAAAGAGGCCGAAUCCUGCGACUGUCUUCAGGGCUUCCAGCUCACGCACUCAAUGGGCGGGGGCACCGGAGCUGGAAUGGGCACGCUUUUAAUCUCCAAAAUCCGCGAAGAAUACCCAGACCGUGUCAUGUCCACCUAUUCAAUCAUUCCCUCCCCAAAGGUCUCAGACACGGUGGUGGAGCCUUAUAACGCCACACUUUCUGUACACCAGCUUGUCGAGAAUGCUGAUCAGUGCUUCGUACUCGACAAUGAGGCCCUCUAUGAUAUCUGCUUCCGCACCCUGAAAUUGACUACGCCUACAUACGGUGACUUGAAUCAUCUCGUCUCUGCUGCUAUUUGCGGGACGACCUGCUCCCUCCGUUUCCCGGGGCAACUCAACUGUGACUUGCGCAAGCUGGCCGUCAACAUGGUGCCCUUCCCGCGCCUUCACUUCUUCAUGAUUGGCUUCGCGCCUCUGACUUCACGCGGCUCUCAGCAGUAUCGGGCUUUGACAGUCCCCGAGCUCACACAGCAGCAGUUCGAUGCCAAGAACAUGAUGUGCGCGGCGGACCCCCGCCAUGGCCGUUAUCUGACGUGCGCGUGCAUGUUCCGGGGUCGCAUGUCCACCAAGGAAGUGGACGAGCAGAUGCUCAACGUCGUGAAUAAGAAUUCCUCAUACUUCGUCGAGUGGAUUCCAAACAACGUCAAGGCCUCUAUUUGCGACAUCCCUCCCAAGGGCCUCAAGAUGUCGACCACUUUCAUUGGAAACUCCACGGCGGUCCAGGAGGUCUGGAAACGUGUCUCGGAUCAGUUCACGGCCAUGUUCCGGCGUAAGGCCUUCUUGCAUUGGUACACUGGCGAAGGGAUGGACGAGAUGGAAUUUACCGAGGCCGAGAGUAAUAUGAACGACCUCGUCUCUGAGUACCAGCAAUAUCAGGAUGCUACCGCCGAGGAGGAGGGAGAGUUUGACGAGGAUGAAGAGGUCGAGGAGAUGAUGGCCUGA